AUGCCACAAUUUGGAGGUGCCUUCCGAUUAGAAGUACAGCAUGUCAGACUCGUCUCAAAGAUCCCUAUAUUUGAGCCAGAGUUCGUUGUCGGUGAAGGCGAUUCUGGGAGCCUUCAAGUCAACGACCAACCUGAGAAGCUCGAUCCAGCCGGAUUGCUACGGAGCCGUUACUCAGGGGGACAUGCACUCUCGGUCCUCAAAUACCAGUGGAACUGCCUGGACAGAUUGCCAAGUUAUGGCUACGACCCGUCCGAUGAAAUCCUGCAUUUGAGCAGCCGACGAGGCCAACCGUUUGACCCGAGCAGUCAGACGCCGCCCAAGGCACAUGCUGACGGUUCUGUCCGGUCGGGUGGCAACCGUGUCGGCUUCACCGGCAGAAACAAAUCGCAAUCUCUGCCUCUGCUACCGAAUGUCGCGAAGCCGGAGGCUGUGAGACCGGGGCAAGAGAUGUUGGUCAGCCUCUCCUGCACUCCGUCUGCCCGACUUCCGCUCUACCAGCAGAUUCCGCCGCAGAUGCCGGUCGCUGGGCAACAGGGCCUCAGGCUGGUCAAACCCACCAGUCCCAAGGCUCUACGUCACGACCAAGGGCCGCUGCCCACUUGGACGUCCUCCCAGCCGGAGCUGGUCGAAUCGGUGGAGCCAGAGCCUCAGCCAUUGACUGGCGAAACUUGGUACCGAAGUCCAAUGUGCUCGGGCGUCUCGCUGCCGCACCUCUCGCCGCCUCGGAUCGACACCACUUGGCUGGUUUCGCGUAGCCGAGUCGGCAGGCCCUAUUCCCGGUUGACGCGUUGCCCUGACGCCGAGACGGAAGAGGACCCUGAAGGCGUCUGUAAGCUGCGGACGGCGAGACGAGCCGAGCCCAAACGCAAUCUUCUCAUCCUCCCGCCCAGUCCUAACUGCCACACGUGUCCCGACCAACAGCAGAACCGUCUGCCUCGAGCCCAGGGCCCGCCGGCCUGCGCCAGAAAGUCGAGUCUGUACUUCAACAAAGCUCACACCCUGACAAAACCGACCAACGAGUCGUGGGGUCGGUCGGAGGCCUCUCUUGUCAAGGCUUCAUCCGGUAGAAGCAUCUUCUCUUCGCGCUCCUUCCUGCCGGUCGACCAUCGAGCCAGUCGGUCCGUGAUUCGGCCCGCUCCCAGCCCUACCGGUCAGGCGUCGGCACUCGGCCAGUCCGAUCGCAUGUGGUUGGCGAUGCGCUGUUACUCCUGCCACAACCUCGUGUCGAGCGGCUCUGACGUAAAAGUGAGGCCUAAUCGUGCCGAGAGGGAGAGAGAAAAGGAGCUUGCAGACGAGAUGGAGGCUGACUACGAAGAAGCUGGACGGGAGCAGGCGGAAGAAGAGGCCGAACGAAUGGUCUCCAAUUGGUUGGGGGAACAUCGCAGGACGGGGGGCCAUUGGGGUCGGUAUGCCAAGACUGGGGGUCAGCAGCUGACGGGUGUGAAUCGAAGAAGACGCGGACGAACCACACAGCCUCCCAUGUCGCCGCGGACACGCUAUCAUGCUGGAAGGCAUCAUUCCAUGCUCAGGUCGCGAAAUAACAGCACUGCCCAUGGCAUGCCCGUAAAUGGUCUUUCGCAAGUUGACGCGAGGUCUGAGGACCUACCUAAGCCGCAUAGUGCGGCACUCUGGUGCUGCCCUGAAGCAGAAUAUGGCAGAUGCUCCGGACGCCAGAGUCUCCGGCAGCAA